AUGGAGACAUCUCCGCGACUGGAGACAUCUCUAGUACCGCGGGUACGCCUCCGCUCACAUCCUGCGCUGUACGCAAACCGCGGCUGCCUCUCGGUGUCAGCCACUAGCGGCCCUGAAUUUACGAGGGUCGCUAUAUUUACGACGCGUUAACGGUCGCGUACAGCACUUUGCCUGCCGAGCAUCCUCUGUCAGCGGUCACUCUCCGCCUUUCGCUCGUCAUCGCUGUGUGUUUCGCCCUCUACGCCCUACCCCGGGCUGACGGCCAAGAAUGCUCCAAAGCAACAUGUAGGUGUACGCAGGCCACACACGGCACAGACAAUCACCCAGACGACUUAUUCGCCCUCGCGUGUGUGUGCUGUUCGUGCAGGCUUGAUAGCUGGCAACCCGAUUCAAGGGGUUGGUACAGGUGGGAUAGCAGCUGAACGGCUAAUCAUUGCCGAAGGGGGUCUCUUGUUGGGGGGUGAGUGGGACCGCGAAGCCGACUUGCUUGUUGGUCAUGGCAGGGCGCGGGUCCCCCGUGGGGAAGUUAUUGCCAGAAGUAAGCAGCAAGGAGCGGCAGGUCCUUUUUCGUCACUGUGCUGCUGCCUUCAUGCAGGCUUGAUUGCUGGCGACACGUCUGGCGACACAGCGGCGAGUGUUGAUCCCGGUGACGUGGCAGCUAGCAACAACGUUAUUGUUCUUGGCGACGAAGUGCGGGCCACCCGUGCGGAAGUCAAAGCCAGAAGUAAGCAGCAUGUUGCAGCAGGUCCUGUCGCCCGCUUCACUCUGCGUGUGCGCGUGUGUCGGUUUGUGUGUGUUUCCAGGCAUGACCGUCGGUAGCCCUGACCGUAGAAUCUUCGGGUCCGUUGCUGGCUUCGAUGGCAACAUCGUGGCACAGAACUCCAUAAUUGCGAACAGGGUUCAGGCCCAACGGGAUUUGCAAGUUGGUAAUUCUCUAUUUGGUAACUCUGUGUUUAUUGAUGGUGACUCGGUGCGGGCCGAAAGUGCGGAAGUGAGAGCCAGAAGUAAGCAACGAAGAGCGGCAGGUCCUGUCGUCACUGCACUCUGUGUGUGUGUGUGUGUGUGUGUGUGUGUACGUGUGUGCGUGUGUCUUCCAGGCCUGUCUGUCGGCGAUCCUGACCCUUUGCGCUUUACUACUGGCCGCACUGGCGACAUCGUGGCAGAGAAAGGCGUGUUCGCCGAUUGGAUCCAGUCUUCGAAUAGUCUUGCAGAGGGAGAUAUCACUGCAUUCCGGACCGUUAGAGGAGUCCAAGGGUGCAGAUGCGGCGGGCUGACCAUUCCGGGGGACGUUGUUGAAGUGAGCGAAACCGACGACCAGCCGCCGUCAUCCUUCGAAGAGUGGGGCGGGAGGAACCGAUCAGCGGCGUACGAGGCGAGGCCUUCAGGCAGCUGCCUGUCCACACCAACCCACACAACAGGCUGACGCUGGCCGCCCAGGACGUCAGCCGCCUCUUCCCAUCGGCAGUGGGGACAUUCGAAGACAAUUAUCAGCCGGAGGAGGGCGGCAAGGGGCGGCCGACGAAGCACACGACGAUUGACCUGACCCAGCUGAUCUUCACGCAGAUGUCCGUCAUCCAAGACCUCCAAGCCCAUGCCUCUGACCUCCAGGCCCGUGCGUCUGUCAUCCCUGACCUCCAGGCCCGCAUCGCCCGUCUGAAGAAUGCGCUUGCCACACUCCCAGGUAUCACGGCCAUCAUGCAGGACGCGCACGAUAGCCAAACGAGCUCACGUGUGUGUCUGUCUGUGUCUCUGUGUGGCUUGUUGGUGUAGGCCAAGGCGGCAAGAGGGGCAAGGGCGCCGGUGGUCCACCCUCAGUUGUCGGCGGGAAGGGCGGCAAGAAGUGAGAUGUCUAUCUGUGUGUGUGAGUGAGUGAUGAGUGUCUCGGUGUCUCCUCGAGUACGUAUAUCUUGCCGUGUGAGCAAGUGCGCACUUGUAUGGUAUGGAUCCUGUGGUGCGACAGGAACGUUCCUCUGCCCUGACUGACUGGAGAGAGGCGAAUUAAUGGAGAGGGCGGCCUGGCCUGGCGGGGUGCUCAUCGGGAGUCUGUGUCUGUGACUGAUGCGUGUGCGUCGCCGUUGUUUAUUUGUCCGUAUGCGUGCGUUAUUUGUCCGUCUCCGACACACAUGCAAAGGAUGCAGCUGUAGUGUGUGCACAUGCGGACAAAAAAUAGCAACACGUUCUCACGUGCAUCGGACUUCAUUUGUGAUUUUAUUAGUGUGUUGUAUGGUAUGGCCUGGACCGUGUGGUGACGCUUUUCUUCGCUCUCACUUGAGAGAGAGGCGAGUCAGUGGAGGGGGGCCUGGCCUGCUGAGGGGCUCAUAUUAUUUUAUUUUGUUUUAUUUUCGCCAAUCCGAUUAGACUUUUCGUGUUUGUACAACGAACUGCCCCAUCGGUCAACUGGUUGAGUGCGUGCCGUGUGCAAGUGUGACGGUCUCUCGUUCAAUCCAUCCCCCGUCUCCCUUGUACAGAAUACACACACACACACACACACAGAGACACAGACACAGACACAGACAGAGAGACAGAGAGAGAGACAUGUAUCCACCUCACGUUGGGUGUCGCAGCGGCGUGGAUGAAGAGGCAGUGGGGCAGCAAAGUGCAAGAGACAGUGGAAGGGUAGGCGUGGGGUCGGGGCUUCAUGCUCAC